UCUCGUUAUAGGACGCUAAUUACUGCUGUCCGGUUGCCCUCGCAAUACAAGUGCUCCUGUUAGGUUGCUCGAUGUUCGUAUGUUCAGUGUAAUCUUGUGUUCAGUUUGAGCGAAAUCUUUUUCCUACUCAUUUGUGCUGUCCAAAGUUAGUGUGUGACUUGUUUUAUGGUUGUAUGGAGUUGCAAAUAAUUCAUGCAUUUCAAUCUGACGGUUCGGCUGUUGACUUUGUCAUGAAUGAGUGAAGGGAGUUUUGUAAAGAAGAAUAGCAUCACUGAAAGAGUAGCCCUAGUGAUACUGUGAAGUUCUUCCUUAACAGACACGUGGAAUUGGCAGAAAGCUGAAUUGGAUUUGCCAUGUCAUCUACCGUCUUAUUCAAACCGGAUUCAAAGACAUCUUCCUACAGUUUUUCGUUACCAAAGCCUCUCCUGUCACCCAUAUAUACUGUGUACCUUUAGUCGUUCUUUUGUAACAUCUCCAACUGCAUACAGUCAAGAGAAUACAAGUACCAUCAUCUUACUCUUCUCAUAUAUGUUCGUGUGCAGAUAAUUUAAUAGGGGCUAUGGCAUGAUUUUCUCAGGCUCCACUUCCGUUUUUUGUUAUUUUAACACAAAAAGCCAAUUCAGGUUUAGAAAAGUUGUUACUGUCUUCGUAAGGGAAAUUAUUUUAGCUUUUAGCCCACAUACUGUUCAUUUCCUCUUUGUCGUCUUUACGUAGAGACAGCGGUUUACGCGUGCUGUACAUUAUGUGUUAUUUCAAACGUUUCGGCCAUUCGACUCGAGUCUUUUUUUAACGGUUGGCUCUGGUCCAUCCUUCCGCGAGCAGAGUUGAUCGUCACUCUGGCUCCGCGGAAGAUAGCCUCCGCCUCUAGAAUCCCUCCUCUUGUCAAUUCUAACGCAUAUGCAGUUGCAGUCUCUGAUCCACUACUAAUCUCACCGUCUGUUAAGGGCGAUAUUAACAUGCUCCCUGUGACAAUCGGUGGCGUCGUGGACACAUUUGAUGGCCCAUCACCUCUUAUCCACGAAUCUCCACCAUGUAAAGAUCCACAGCUGGAAAUAAAUGACCGGUCUAUUGAUUCUUCAUCAAUUGUUUCAUCUCAUUCCCCCCAUCAUCGCAGCAAGAACAACGGAAAUACACCACCCAAUUCCCAUAUGGAACAUUGUACAUCAUCUCCAAGACAUGUCGUGUGCUCUGAUUCCCCUGACGGUGCUGUCAGUAGUGAAUCGUGCAGCAACCAAACUUCUUGUGCGGAUGUCCGUAACCGAACUGCAGUACCUCAAUUGUCUUCAUGCAGAUGGACGAAAAGGCGUCAUAGAGGGCGUCAUCGUCGCCGUAAUUAUGAUAACGCCAUGGUCACCGAAUCACCUCCUGAAGACCUCAGACUUCAAUCUCCGCCUGGCAGGACUACUGCUAGUGGCUCCAGUAGCCUACCUACCGUCAUACCAUUCGCUGUGUCAUUGCACAGCGCAGAGUCUGAUGUUGUCUCCAAGUCUGCACCUUGUGGUGGUAUGAUCAGUGAUCCCGUCUCAUGGGACCUCAAAUCUGAUAGCACAGAAAGUGUCUCACAGACGUCUGCGCACGCGUUGGAUCCUCCACCCUUCAAGGUCUGUUCCUCUAGUUAUCCAGACCUAACCCCCUCGCAGGACCCACGCUGGUCGACACGCAGAUCGUGGUAUAGUCAGGCGUUUCCAUUCUUCUCCGUCAGCCUCAGUGGAGACGAUCACGUCACAAAGGAAAGAGGGAUGCCGGUCCCACACCCAACCAUCCUUGGCCCCAGUGCCUACAUUCCAGCGGAGGAGCUCCCGUCUCUGGGAACCUUCAACGAACAGACUCAUAUGCUGUUCAUAGAUGCGUUUCUUCAGAACAACCGUUUAGAUCACGUUACCCAGGUCAUGGGCUAUCAUCCCACUUACCUGGACAUCUUCCUGCGCACGCAGAACUUCAUUCUUCGGGGCGAUGGACCUCUACCAUAUGAUUACCGUCAUUUCAUUGCAAUCAUGGCUGCAGGCCGACACCAGUGCAGCUACUUGAUCAACCUCCAGAAACAGGAGUUCUUGCUGCAAGGUGGAGACCACACUUGGCUCAAAGGGUUGUCACGUAUCCCUCAGAAGCUACGAGACCUGUAUGACAUCAACAAGAUCCUUGCACAUCGGCCUUGGCUUCUCAACAAGUCUCACAUCGAGAAGUUGACUAAAGGGAAGGAUAGCUGGUCGCUUGCUGAGGUGGUUCACGCUAUUGUUCUACUGGCUCACUUCCACUCACUCUCAAGCUUUGUGUUCGGAUGUGGAGUGAAUGAGGAGUUGGACCAGGAUGGAGGCCACCAUAAUGGCUCCUCUGAUUCUGCCCCCCCACUCGGUUCUUCGCCACGAUCUGUACCUAGCCCAACUCCACUCAGCACUGGCCCGUCAAAUAGGGAUGCUGAGCCAUGGCUGGCAUCGAUGUCACCAGUGGAACAGGAGGUUGGUGUAGACAUGUUGAUGCAGCGUAUGAAGAGCUUGUCAGAGAGAGCAGAGGAAUUCUCACAAGAAGAGAAAACUAAGAGGUUUGAACACGUUGAGAACCAGAGUGUAGAACUAUCACCAGGCCUUGAGCCACUAACACAGCUCAAAGCAGAUAUAGGUCACUUCGUAGAUGACCCUACUUUUUUGUACCAAGACUUUGCUCGACGUGGUGAAGUCUCUGACAUCCCCACCUUCAGGGUGCAGGAUUACUCAUGGGAUGAUCACGGAUACUCACUAGUCAAUAGGUUAUAUAAUGAUGUUGGUAACUUGCUGGAUGAAAAAUUCAAGACUGCAUAUAACCUUACAUAUUACACUAUGGGUGGACGUAAAGAUGUGGAUACGUCACGUUUCCGACGUGCCAUUUGGAACUACAUACAGUGCAUGUUUGGUAUUAGGCAUGAUGAUUAUGACUAUGGUGAAGUGAACCAAUUGCUGGAGCGUUCACUGAAGGCGUUUAUCAAAUCUGCAUGCUGUUACCCAGAGAGAGUUACAAAGAAAGACUACGAUCGUGUUCUUCGGGAGUUCAGGCAUAGUGAGAAGGUACAUGUGAACCUUAUGGUACUAGAGGCACGCAUGCAGGCUGAGUUGCUGUAUGCAUUGCGUGCCAUAAUGCGUUACAUGACGUAGGCAGGUUAGCUACCAUUAGAGUCCAUGUGGUGCAGCCAGAACUUAUACUUGCUGGUGUUGAUGCAAUCGUUUGAGUGAGGUGCUGUGUGGGUUUAAGGAGAUGAGACUGGCACAGAGAAGGGAGAAACUGAGAUGACUCAAAAGAUGGAGGAAACAUUUCUACUAUUACAAUAAUUAAUUAAUCAAAUUAUCAUAUAUAAAUUGACUUAGAUGAAACUAUAAAUGUACUAUACAAAGAGAGUAAGUUUGAAAGCAAAAUAUCAGAUCUAGCCACUUAAUGUUUUUUUCCCUUUUUCCCCUGCAUAGUUUUGGUAAGAUCAGGUGCAGAAGCAUUUGUAAUGGGGAUAGUCAUACAUUAUGUAACUUCCCCAACCAUCUACCCUUCUCCCCCAGUUACCUCCCCUCCCCCUCCCAUCUCCAUUUAUCCUUGUCAUAUUUACUGCACCGCACAAAAGAAGUACAUAAAUCUACACAUGAUUGACUGUGAUCCAUUCUCAGUAGAUAAACUAAUUACUUGUGCAUAACUGUUCCCAUUCCAUUUAAGCCCAAAUCUCUGGUUUUUUAAAUGCUUUACUACUUUUAAAUUCCAAAGCUUAUGCAUGUUUAGUUGUUACUUACUAUGUUGUCACAGGAAAUGUAAGCCUCUUGGCUUGAGUAGUAUUCCUCUGAACAUGGUUGAUACUUGUGAUUAUAACCAGUGGUGACUGGUUCUGAGGAGAACCAGCCAUUUAAUAUCUGUAGGUGUCAAGAGGUGUUCAUGUUAACAUAAAGUAGUUUUAGGUGAGCAGUAAAUGUAUAGCAUUGUAUGAUGGUAUUUUGAAGAACCUACAAAUCUAGAAAUUUGGGCUUAUAUUGGGAUAGUUUUGUUUUUGUAAAGAAAAUGUUUUUUUUAUGUGCAAAGUUUUCAAGGCUUCUUAGGUUAAAGUGGUCUAGCUUUUAAGUAAAGUUUAAAUUACAAAAGUAAAAAGAGAAAAUAAUUGCACAUGAUAGCAUCUUGACUGGAAAAUAAAUUGGUUUACAUUGGGUUAUAAUUGGAGACAGAAGAAAGUUGCAUAAUAAUAAUAAUAAUAAUAAUAAUAAUAAUAAUAAUAAUAAUAAUAAUGCUUCACCGAAGCUUUUUAUUUGAAUACAGUAGAAUUAUUUCAUUAACUGGCAUUGUAGUUGAAGAUUGUGAAGGCUUCCUUCUUCUGUCCUAGGAAUUUUUGAAUCACUGGAAAGUGAACAGAUAUGUUGUCAUUCACCAGACUGAAAUAAGUUUGCCAAGGAUAGAGGGAAUGUUGAGAUUUGCUUACAUGAUCAUGAUGAUGAUGAUGAUGAUUAUGAUAAUGAUAAUGGUUUUGUGUUUCAUGUUGUUGGAUGAAUGAUUUCACUUCAGCGUGGAGGAAUUUGUAAAUGUAGACUAACAAUCAGCUUGUUUUAUCUAAGAUCUCUGUUGUAUGAAUUUGCUUAACUUCUCUUACUGUGAAACAAAUUACUAAUUGACCCUUAGCCACAUCAUUUCAGUUCUUCAUUGUCUGGUUUUAUGUCGUUACAUUUCUUGAACAAUGUAUUGGGUAACUCAUCCCUAUAAUAAUUUACCAUGAACAUGUUCCAGUUGGUGAACAGUAUGUGGGAUAACUGACCCCUAUAAAAAUUGCCUGUGAACAUGUACUAAUUGUUAAUAACCUUAGAAGUCUUGGAGACUUGAAACACAUAUGCUCCUGUUUGAUUUCUGUUUGAAGAGUGAGGCUUUUUAGAACAUGUUACAGUAUGACCUCGUGUUGACUGUGGUUUAGAAGACUACCGCUUUCAAAGAAUGAACACACUUUUUUAAGACUUAACAUUAUGUGGGCUAAUCUGCGUGACUGCAUCAGGGACUAUGCAUGUAUGUAUGAGGUGAAAAUUGUGAACACAUGUUGUCAGCAAGUUUUUUUUACUUUACACAAAAUUCCUUUUGUCACUCAGAAAGCUUAAUAAUUGUCAAGCAUACGAAAAGUAUAGUGACCUUUAUCGCGAAAUCUUGUCUGUGUAUUGAACACAUUUACAUCUGACAACUGGAACAGUUAUAGGAAGUACUUUUUUGCGAGCGGUAGUAUAUUUGAUAGCUCUCUACAGUGUUCUCCCUCUUACCCCUUGUGUGAUCUCAGUAUUACCUAUAGAUUCAAACAUGAUUUAUACUUUGUAAUGAAAAAAAAUGUUUUAAUUAUUAACACAUUCUUUCUUUAAUUAAUUGUAUAGGCUUAAAAAUGUGCAUAGAAAUGUUCAAAUGCCAAGUUGCCUUGGUCACACAGAACACAAAAUAUGUUUGUUACUUUUAAUUGUUCAACUUUAAUCAAUCAAUAUGCAUUUUUGAGAAUGUGUGCAAGAUUUCUUUAUGAGAUGUAUUA